AUGUACCCGAAUAUACAGAAUCAACUACCAUCGCCUACAAGUCAGGCUCCUCAACCAGUUUAUAAAGCCAGCGAGGCAUCUUCUUAUGUUCCCCACGCUACGUAUCCCUAUUCAGACUCGUACGGUCCCUUGGAUGGGUACAUUGUCCCUGCGCUUCAAUACGGCUUCGGUCCGUCAUCCCUUGAGGAUAAGAACCAGGGGAUUAUAACUCCAGGACAAGCGCUUCUUCAGUCAGCGUUGGGAAUUCUUUCAAAAGUUGGUCUCUUCCUUGUAGGGGGCGUCGUUUUGCUAAUUGUCGGUGGUAUUUUUCACUCGUUGGCCUGCUCCGUGUCGCAACUUUGUACCAUCUCGUACAACGGUUUCGGAGGCAUAGAUAAGGACAGCGUAAGGGCACUCAUGACUCCCGAGAGGGUCGCACGAGCAGCAGUUUUCCUUCAAGAUGCUGUUGAGAAGUAUGAAAGGAUUCAAAAGGGUGGGAAAAAUUAAGUAGAAAGUGAUAUGUGAACGAACUUUGACAUCAUCAAUCUAUAGCUGCAAAACUCUUUAGGAUAAAUUUGAAAAAACGUGUAAAAAAAAUUUAGAUUAUUACCUGAAGUAUGGCAAGACUUUUUACCAGUGUUAGUAUUAGAAUAAUGCACAAAUUUCAUGCAAUUUUAUUAUUUU